UUUGUUACUACAUGUAGGAAGAUGGUGUAAUGUUUUUGCUCGAUUAAUUUUCGAUUUAUUAGAAUGGAGUCUAAUAAUCCCGACGCCGAUAUCGGCGACAAGUGUAACUUCAACGGGGGCUGCUCCCCGCCUCUCAAGAAAGCGACCAUCGACAUGAAUCACGCCAAAAAUAUUGAUGACAUAUCUACGCCUUCAGAGUUAAAAUUCGAUGAAGAUUUUGACUUGGUGGAUCCCGAUAUAACGGAGAAGAGGAGGGAGAUAGAGGAGUGCCUGGAGGACGUGGACGCGACCAGCCUGGAGCAGUGGCAGAGCUUCGCCAAGAGUAAAGGUGGCCUCAUCUGUGAUGAGUACAGAAGAAAAAUAUGGCCGCUAUUGGUGGGCGUGACCACCGAGGAAAUGACAGAACCUCCUUCUCUGGACGAGCUAUCUACACAUAGUGAAUAUAAUCAAGUGGUGCUGGACGUGAACCGGUCGCUGAAGCGGUUCCCGCCCGGCAUCCCGUACGAGCAGCGCGUGGCGCUGCAGGACCAGCUCACCGUGCUCAUCCUGCGCGUCAUCAUCCGGCACCCGCACCUCAAGUACUACCAGGGCUACCACGACGUGGCCAUCACGCUGCUGCUGGUGUGCGGCGACCGCGCGUCGUUCCCGCUGCUGUGCCGGCUGUCGUACGGCCCUAGGGCUCCGCUGGCGCCCUUCAUGCAGACCACCAUGGCGCCCACGCAGCACCUGCUCAACUACAUGCUGCCCGUGCUGCGUCGCGCCGACGAUACGGUGGCCGGAUGCUUGGAGAAGGCGGGCGUGGGCACGAUGUUCGCGCUGCCGUGGUACCUGACGUGGUUCGGGCACUCGCUCAACCGCUACGCCGACGUGGUGCGCCUCUACGACUACUUCCUGUGCGCGCCGCCGCUCUUCCCCGUCUACGUCACCGCCGCCGUCGUGCUGCACCGCCGCAGCGAGGUGCAGGCCUGCGAAGCGGACAUGGCCAUGCUGCACUGCCUGCUGUCGAGGCUGCCGGACGACCUGCCGUUCGAGGAGAUCCUGGCGACGGCGAAGACUCUGUACGACGAGAACGACCCCGCGGACCUGGGGCCCGAGGUGGCCGCGCUCGAGAGGAGGGAAGAAGAGCAGCGUUUGCUGGACGAGGAACGCCUGAAGCGGCGCCGCGCCGCCGCCGCCGCCGCCAGGAACCCCACCCUCUCCGUGCGUAUACAGCGCACCCUGCGGCAGUACGUGCCGGCGGCGCUGCGCUACCCGCUCACGCGGCGAGCGCUGCUGGCCACGGCGACCGUGCUGCUCGGCGUGUACGUGUACUACCGGCCCGACUUCUUCAACAGGCGACGGGAGCUGGAGCUGUGAGGGGAGG